AUGUUUUCAAUCGUUGUUCAAAAUAAAAGAAAAGAUCCUAUUCCUGUUAAAAAUAUCAAAGAAAAUAAAAAAACAAUUAAAAAACAAAAAAAUAAUAAUGAAGCAAUUGAAGCUUAUAUUGAGAUGAAACCUUUUAAACUUUCAAGUAAAGUUGAUAGAUACGCGUAUAAAACAGCAUUUCCAGAAGCUGAAGAGAGAUUGAGUUUUAUGAGAAAUUUAUUAUUAUAUUAUAUAGCUUGUGUUAAUGAGCUUGAUAAUAUUGAAAAUCUAAUGCCAAAAAGAAGAAAUCAUCAUCUUUAUUUCAAAGAAAAAUUUUUUAAAGAAAAGACUUUAAAGGGUCUCCAAGUUGAAGCAACAAUAGCUGUACAAAAUUUAAAGAAAUCUAUCAAAGAGCUUGAAAAUGAAUUAGAUUCAUAUUACGCGUCAAAAAAUGAAUAA